UGUGUGUGUGUGUGUGUGUGCGGCCAAAUCGAUUCCGAGAAGCGAUCGGUGAACACGAGUGAAUUAUGGAACUUGCCCCUCUGUCUAAAGGACUAUGGACAGUUGACCACAAAUCUCUGCAUCAUCACUUCACUGAUAUACUAACCAGCGUACACACGACCCGCGAGAUUCCUGAGAAUGCAAACUUUGGUCCCUGUGUUCUGCAGAACUCGUUUUGUGACACAAUCGCCUUUAUCGCCUUAAAAUCCGCCGACUGCAGAAGCGUUCCCUACGUCUUCAGGGUGGACGCCACGGCGAUGAAUAAUUCCACGGAUGGGUUGUCUUGGCUGAGGCUGGUGCAGGCGGCCACCAACGCGAAGGAGCAGAAUUUGGAAGCGUAUCUGAAGAACGGGCAACUGUACUACCGAUCAGUUCGGAGGAUCGGCAAAGAUGAAGAACUCUUUGUGUGGUACGACAGAGAACUGUCCCAUCUUCUUGGCUUUGGCGACAAGGCACACGGAGCUCGCUCCAACGCUUUCAGGUGCCUGGACUGCGGGCAGGAAUUUAAGUAUGAAAAUCCCUACCUGGCGCAUGUUCGCUUCUUGUGCGGCAAAAGGAAAGACCAUCUGCUAUGGAGAGAUUUCCAAACCUUGGGUUUUGGGUCCAGCAGCGCCGUGAAAGACUCAUACAAGAGCGUGGAGAACAGAGACAAGGAGCGAGGCAUCAACUUCCACAGGAUGGCUCAUGACCUGGAGCACUCGAGGAAGAGGUCUCAGGAGGAGGGACGCAUGGCAAUGGAAAGGAACUGGGGCAAGAGAAAGCAGGAAGACUGGGAGGAGAGUAAAGUCAGGAAGAGCGUCUUAUUGGAGAGAACCAACCACCUGGAGUGCGCUCAGGGCGGCGGCGUUUCCAGGGAGGACCCGAGCCGUAUCCCAGCGCUGGCUCUUUCAGUCUGGAAAUUCAACUCGGAUAAAUACCUGUUCCAUAAGGACUCAUCGCCCGACGACCACAAGAGGAGCGCGUUCACCGAGGUGCGGCGGCCUCGGGAGAGAGGGAAAGGGGACAAAACGGAGGGCCUGUCCAAAGCAGCAGGGUCUGAGCUUUCGGGGAGAGUGGUGCUGAGCUCCAUCGGCAGCGCCUUCUCUUCGGUGUUGCCUUCGGGUCUCAGAGGGGAGCAGAAAAGCGCUUUCUGCCAACCGGCCAACCGGCGAGGGCCAGCGGACGCUCCCUCGACACUCUUGGCUCAGGCGCUCCAAGCUUCGGCGGAACGCGCCCAGGAUUUUCCGGAGUCCGUCACCGUCGGUCGCUUCCUGAGCCCCGGGAACCUCCUGGGCUCCAGCAAGUUCAUCGGCAGCGGCGACUUGGGCAACACACCGAUCGUCCACACCAGCCCAUUUCUGUACGCUGCCGCUGCCACCGCCGAGGCGUGGGCCAAGCCGGAUGGAGCUCAGUUGCAAUCCACCUCUUCCCUCACUCUCCUGCCCCCUUCCUUCACCUCUUUCGGUAUCGCGGCACAAAAUUGGUGCGCCAAAUGCAACGCAUCCUUCCGAAUGACUUCCGACCUGGUCUUUCACAUGAGGUCUCACCACAAGAAAGAAUGCCCCGGCGAUAUUCUAACCAAGAGAAGGAGGGAGGAGAAAUUGACAUGCCCCAUAUGUAACGAAUUCUUUAGAGAGCGCCAUCAUCUAUCGAGGCAUAUGACUUCUCACAAUUGAGAGCUUUGAAUGAUUCUUUUUUG